AUGUCUGGCAGACCGCUGCUUUUCAAAUUGCGCGGUCCGAAGGAAACUAUCUGUAGGGCCUGCUUGUCAAAUCUCUCCAAAGGACCUCCGCAGGCAUGGACGGCAGCCUACAGCAGUGCCGCGAAUCGCCGACGAGCACCGCGCGCCCAGGGCAGAAGACCGUCUCCAUUGCGCGAGGCACGCAGGCAGGCAGCACCGCGCGAGAUUGAUGACGCCGCGAUAGAGGAAUAUAUGGCGGCGGCGAGAAAUGCGACCACAAUCAACAGCAAUGUCUCAGUACCAGACGGCGGAAUCCGAUUCUUUGAGCAAAGCGGGCAGACACGGCAGCAGCUCCCAGACGAGACGGCUUUUCAGAAAUCAAUAGACGCGUUCGACACAAACGAGCUCAAAGGAGCCCUCGAAGAUAUGAAGAACACCAUCAAGGGUGCCGACGAGAAGAAGGCCUUUAGUGAAGUCAUGGGUCAGCUUGAGAAGGUCUUGGGCCAAAUCGAGGGUGGCAAGGACCUGGAAAGGUUCACAGAGCAGAUGAAGGCGUAUUCAAAAUCAAUCGACCGCGAAAUUGAAGAAGCGACCUCCGAUAUACCACAAGACGCGCGCAAGACGAUGGAUUUCGACCUACCUGAGCUGUCAGAAGACCUCCCACUUCCGAUCCAAGGCAUGAAGAGCUCGAGCCCACAAGUUGUAGAAGGACCGUGGACGCUCAACCAGCGGCGCAAAAUUGUUCGUCUCAACGAUGCUAUUUCUCGGGUCCAUAAAAGUAUGCAGGUGGUGCCCGGGCCAGCAAAGAAGGAGAUCGUGGCUAUAUAUAAAGCAUACCAUGCCGCAAGGCUCGCUCUAGCUCAUAGCUGGCGUCAUGUGCCGCUCGAAGUCUGGGAUUUUCUCUGGAGAGUGUUUUCUUUCGAUGAGAGCAUCAAUAUGCACCGGUUGGCGCACAUUUCCAUGCUGGCCAGAGACAUGAGCGAAGCCAAGGUCCCAUUCAGCCCGCCCCAGCAACUCCUGGCCAUCGAGGCCAUGUUUAUGGAAGGUUGGGAGGACAAGGCGGUGGAUAGCUGGAAACGAUGCAUUGGAACGCUGGGCCAGGAGCGCGCCGAGACGUACAAAGACUUUUGGGAGCUUGGCGUGCGAAUGCACUGUCGGGCCGGAAACCUGGAGCAGGCGCGCCGCGCGGCAAGUAAGCUUGUCGAGAAGCGUAUGGACGCCCGUAUCCUCCUACCGCUUAUCCGCUCGCUGUCGGAGCAAAACACGGAAGAGAGCCGGCAACAGGCGUGGGACACGUACCGGCAAAUGCGAGACUUGCUCGGCAAGUCCAUGAAGCUCGCCGACUACGAUGCGGUCGUGGCCUGCUUCCUGACGACGGGCCAGACAGAGCACGCGCUGUACGCAUUUGUCGACAUGAUGAGCGACGGCGAGAUUGAUCUGAGCGUGCAAAAGUACAUGCCGUCCGUCGUCGCCAACAAGUUCUUUGUCGGCAAGUGGCUGAAGCGCCUGAUUGGCGCCGGCGAUGUCGACGGCGCGCACAACGUCGUCGAGUUUAUGCGCGCCAAGGGCGUCGAGGCCUCGCCCAUCCAGGUCAACGGCCUCAUUGGCGCCUGGCAGCGCUCCGGUGGCGCGCGGGACCUCGAGACUUCGGAGCGCGUUGCGUGGGAGAUGAUUCAGAAUCGAAUCCAGUUUGUGCAGGCGCGCAAGGUCUCGUCGAACAAGGACCUCAAAAAGAUGAGCAGCAGGGCGGUGCACGCGCCGCUGCCCCGCGCCACGCUCGAGACGUUUUGCAUCCUCGCGGAAAACUACCGCCUGCGAGCGCGCCACGACCAGCUCGCAGCGUUGUGGGACGCAUUUCGCGAGGCGGAUAUCAGCCCCGACGCCUUUAUGAUGAACCAGCUCCUCGAGUCCCACAUCCAGGUCGGUCAGCACACGCAGGCCCUCGACCUGUACGAGUUUCUGGUCACGGAGCGCGGCGUCAAGCCCGACCCCUACACAUUUAGCGCUCUGUGGAAGACGCUCGCUGUGAACCGGCUGCACAUUCUGUCCCCUGACAUGACCGCCGAGGCCGUCGCUGGGACCCGGCAGCUCUUUGCGCAGACAGUCGCCCGCCGGGCCGUAUUCAGCAGCGGCGGCAUGGACGGGCAGCUGGCGCGCAAGAUUCUGCACUCGUUUCGGCGCAGCAAGGACGCGGCGGGCUUCCUCGUCGCGCUGACCGCGCUCCGCGACGUCUUCCGCUUCGUGCCCACCGAGAUGCUCGUCCUCGAGCUCGUCCUCGGCACCACCAAGCUCGCGUGGGACGCGCCCGCGCAGCGCCGCAAGCUGCUGCACGCCAAGCGCGACAUGGAGCGUGACCUGAUGGCCUGGUGCGCCGGCGACCUGGAGCAGCUCGAGGGGGAUAAACGCGGGGCGGCGCUGUGCGCGUAUCUACAGAGGACGGCCCUGGCGCAGCUCGGUGGUGAGGAGGCCGCGCGGGAGGCGCUCGCGGCGGCGGCAAAGGAUAUGGGCGUGGAUGAGCUGCUCGGGCAAGAGACGCCGGCGGCUAUCUAA